UACGCACAAACCGACUGCACUGAGAGGUCAUUCCUGUGCAUACAUUCGAACCAGGCGGCAGGAUGGUCCAAAGACCCGCCCAAUACUCGACUAAGCCUCCAAAAGACCAAGCAGCCGCCAUACAAGCAGCCGCUCCUAAACCCACCCAUGCUCGCCCCGGCUCACCUGCACCGACUGCUGCGGUGCCACCCCGUCCGUCCAACCCGGCGCCGAUCCCCAGCCAUGAAGAGCAGCAGUCGGUCACGCUGCUCGCCGAGAUGAUGGGCGGCCUCGACCAUACACUGGUCCUGCGCGUUCUCCGUAAAUACGGGGGCGACUCAGAGAAGGCGGCCGCGGCACUGCUCGAGGGCGAUACGGGCGAAGUGCCCGAGACCCGAAGAGAUCUCCGUCCUGCCCUGCCAACUUACAACGACGCCAGUGCCCGCACCGUCACAUCUACGGUGUCCACCGGUGCGAAAGGGUCCGUCAUCGACCUCACGGCCGAAGACGAAGAUCCUCUCCCGCCACUCCUUCCUCCUGACGGAGGCCCUCAGCCCCAGAUACCAGAAAUCGAUCCCGACAUCGCCCUUGCGCUCCGCGAGUCGCUCAAACCCCUCGCCGUCACUCAAGAUGACCGGCCCUUCAGCCAGCUCGUGCCCAUCAACGACAACAACACUCAGGCCCCGAGCGAUAACUGGGCCGUGGUUCGCUCUGACCAACCGAUCAAUGCUGCUUGGAGCCAAGAGGACCAGUCGAUGAGUCAAGCCAUCGAAGCGAGCCUUACGGAGCACGUCGCCGCUGACGAGUAUUACAUGCCUCCCUUGGAAGAUCAUUUGCGACGCGACGAACGGCCCGUAACGUGGCGACAUACGGAUAGCAAGAAGGCCUACGCGGGAUUGAUACUUCAAGCACUGUAUACCAUCCCUCAAGUGCGCAAACGCAUCUCGCGCUGGCGGCCUUCUGUCGUAGAGAGCCCUGCACCUGUAGACGCGAUGGCCGAAGACGAUGCACCUGUCCGUGCAUUCACGCCCCCAGCAGAAGGGAAUGCAACCGCCAUGUGGCGCUUGAUGCAAACCUUCGCUUACAUGGAUCUCGGAUUGCUCACCGGCCUGACCCACGACGACGUAUUGGAUCUUUUGGGAGCACAACCAAUGUCGUCGCAUCAGGAGCAACCUGGCGACGCUUCAUUCCGCUUUCUUGAACACCUCAUGAGACUUAUUGACGCGGAAUUGAUGGACCGGCCACCAGAGCCGUUAUCCCUCUUUUACAUCCCGGUCGUCAGAGUCACCGCGCGAGACCUGGCCGAAGGUCCGGACGACCUGCUCUCCUCGCUAUCCGAUGCCCAAUCGGACUCGUUGGUCGAUUCUGCAUAUAUCGACGAACCCGGUGACGUAUUCAUCUUCCAAAUCAUACGCAAUCAUGUUCCGCCGCCUGGGGGUCGAAGGUUGUUUCGAUACCCGAAACACAUCUAUUUGGAUCCCUUCCUGAGGGAGAAUGCUGACCUCAGUCGCGAAAAGCGAAGACUGAAGAAGGAGAUCGAGGAUCAAGUCUCGAGGAUGGGCACGAGGAAAUUAGCAAUAACAAGAUUUAACAACCGAGAUACGCUGGGCGAUCUGCGCUCUUCCAUAUACUAUUUCGAAAACGUUGCUCAAGCAGGUGAAGACGUGGAGAGACAGGAGUCGAUCGAUACUACUACACGAAAACUGAAGUCGAUACUCACAAAGCUCGAGGAUGAGCUCAAAGGAAUCGACGAACGUAUCACUCGAUUGAAAGAAGACGCUGCCACCGUCUUAAAUUGUCCUGAGUUGCAGCAGCUUCGCUACGACCUUCGGGUAGUUCUUGUCCACGACGGUCUCCCAGGGCGAUCUCACCUCCAUUCCUACACUCAAGUGAAGGGCAAAUGGUGGAAGACUGUAGACUGGGAAGUCAGCGAGGCUGCGGAAGAAGACGUCUUCACAGACUCGGCUGGACUGCACCUCGGUGCGGGUCCGUACAUUCUGAUGUACAGUCGCGCCCUCCCGGAUGACUUUGACGACACCCAACUCGGUUGGCCGGAGGCCCUCAAGGAAAAAAUCCGCGACGACAACGUAACCUACUUACGAUCGCUACCUCAUGAGCUCGUCGGGCAAGCGUACCGGCUCGACGAGGAGACUCUGCGAUUACUCCGGUCAUCGGAGACGUCGAAUCCAAACCCUUUGAUGUCAGACUCGUCCGCUAUGGACCUUGGAUUAUGAUUUCCUUCCUAGGGUCCGUUCGGUUGUGACAACGCACUUAAUCAUCCCGUGACACAAUGAGGCAACCGCGCUCAGAAAUCUUGGUAGUAAUGCUAGCAGAUGAUGGAUGACCUAAC